CGGAGCGGGUAAAGUUCAGGAGCCCGGAGGUAGCGGCUUUGUGGGCUCGGUGGCUGCUGCGGAGGAAGAGGCUGUUCUCGCUGCUUCUGCCGCUAUGGCUGCGUUAGUGAAGAAGAUCAUUUGUACUGCAAAGGCUCCCGCUGCGAUGGGUCCCUACAGCCAAGCAGUGUUGGUAGAUCGGACAAUGUACAUUGCAGGGCAGCUGGGUAUGGAUCCCUCAGACGGGCAACUCGUUCCAGGAGGAGCAAAAGAACAAGCCCACCAGGCCCUCCGAAACGUUGGGGAGAUUCUGAAAGCUGCUGGCUGUGACUACCACAACGUGGUAAAGACUACCGUACUGAUGACUGACAUGAAGGAUUUUAAUGACAUUAACGAAGUCUACAAGCAAUUCUUCAAGUGCAACUUUCCAGCUCGCGCAGCUUACCAGGUUGUGGCUCUUCCAAAGGUAAGUAUCGGUUCUUAUUUCUAUAAAAACUGGUAAUUUAAUGUUUUGCAG